AGUCACAACCUCCCAUACUGCAACCUCUUCCAUCUUAACAUUAAAAUAUAAUUAUUUAAAAAUCCUGUUCAAAACGUGGAUGACGGAAUUGCCCUCCAUCUUCAUUCCAAAUACCCAACCGGUCCAUCUUCUUCCCCUAGAUGCUAUCAACAGUCAAAGAUCCUCUCUACUGAUCCCUAAGUAUUCCCAAACUACUUCUCUGCCAUUUCUCCUCCAAUUUUCCCUCUCCCGCUUUCUUUCCCAUGACCUUUCCUCGUCUCUGUUGAUUCCAUGGCGGAUAUGGAUUUCGUCGAGGGUGUUGGAGAGAGUUCUUCGCCGCCUCGAAGCUUCGGUGGCUUCUGUGCUGUCCACGAUGUUCGGAACGAUGUUUAUACUCGGUUAAUUGAGCGUGGACAUGAGGAGGCAGUUUCUAAUCCCCAAUUUCGCGAGAACUUGGAUGCGCACUUCAAUCGCUUGCCUCCGAGUUAUGGACUUGAUAUUAACAUGGAGAAGGUGGAAGAUGUUUUGUUACAUCAAAAGCUUCUUUCCCUGGCGAAGGAUCCUGAGAAGUGCCCUGUUUACCACAUUCGUUUUCUGGAGCACUUAAGUACUAAGUCAGAUGGCAAUGAUGAUCACGUUUUUAUUGAUAGUAUUCUAUUAAGUGGCUCAUCUAAUGAAGCAGCUGAUAGAAGACUUCCACUGUCGCACGAGAGAACUCAAGGAAAUAUAAUUGACUUUGAGCCUUGUUCCAAGCUUGAGGACUUAAAUUUGGAUGUUGGAAAGAACUCAAAGGCCAUGGGUGAGAGAUAUUAUAAGGACAAUUUUUCCAAAAGGCAGGGCAGUAUUGCACAUGUUCCAAUACAUGAAGUGAUAUUUUCAACGAUUGACAAGCCAAAGCUUCUUAGCCAGCUUUCUGCUUUGCUUUCUGAUAUAGGACUUAACAUCCGAGAAGCACAUGUGUUUUCGACAUCUGAUGAUUACUCCUUGGAUGUAUUUGUCGUGGAUGGAUGGCCUGUUGAGGAAACUGGUGGUUUGUAUGAAGCUAUGGAAAAAGCAGUGGCUAGAUAUGAGGGGUCAUGGUCUGGUUCUUCACAUUCUCAUCCAGCAGUCAAGAAAACAUUAGCCGCCCAGAAAAAACCAGAAGAUUGGGAAAUAAAUAGACGGUUACUGAAGAUAGGUGAAAGAAUUGCAUCUGGAUCUUGUGGUGAUUUGUAUCAUGGAUUAUAUCUUGGUCAUGAUGUAGCUGUCAAGAUAUUAAGAUCUGAAGAUCUAAAUGAUGAUUUAGAGGAUGAAUUCAAUCAAGAAGUGGCAAUUCUCAGGAAGGUCCAGCACAAAAAUGUAGUUCGUUUUAUAGGUGCGUGUACAAACUCUCCACAUUUGUGUAUUGUAACAGAGUAUAUGCCAGGAGGGAGUCUUUAUGAUUACUUGCACAAGAAUCAUUGCGUGUUGAAGCUCUCACAACUGCUGAAGUUUGCUAUUGAUGUUUGUGAAGGAAUGGAGUACUUACAUUUAAAUGACAUUAUUCAUAGAGACUUGAAGACAGCAAACCUGCUAAUGAACACUCAACAUGUUGUGAAGGUGGCAGAUUUUGGAGUUGCGCGAUACCAGAGUCAAGGAGUAAUGACAGCAGAAACUGGAACAUACAGAUGGAUGGCACCUGAGGUAAUAAAUCAUCUGCCAUAUGAUCAGAAAGCAGAUAUUUUCAGUUUUGCGAUUGUGCUUUGGGAACUAGUAACAGCAAAGGUUCCGUAUGAUUCCAUGACACCAUUACAAGCCGCCCUUGGAGUAAGACAGGGACUGCGUCCAGAUCUUCCCAAAAAUGCUCACCCCAAAUUGUUGGAUUUGAUGCGACGAUGUUGGGAUGCAGAACCUGAAAAUCGGCCUCCAUUUACUGAGAUAAAAGUUGAACUUGAAAAUCUGCUCGAAGAAGUUCAGGUAUACCUCCUCCCUCUUGUCUUUACGACCUCAUGCACAAUACACAACAUGAUACCCUUCUAACUUUCUGAUCCCAUGUGUACUUAGAUGUGUACAAAAUAGGAAGAAAACUAUGCAGCAGUUAAUGGCAGCUAAUGUAGCUGUAGAAGUGCAGGGCUUUAUCCUGUAUUUUCCGUGAGGUAUUUAUUUUGUUUACCACUUCUGGUUCUUCAUAUAGUUACACAAAUAUUGUACAUCUGGGAGAGAAAGAAGUAUAGAGGCGGCGCUGUGCAAAAAGAGAAAAGAAAAAGCAUGUUCUCAUUACAAAAAUACUUGUUGCCACGAGGAUGUUUUCAGUAAAUAUAGUAAAAUUAUCUGUUUUUAGCCUUUGAAGUUGUUCAGUGGCCCAUAGGUGCAUAUACAUUCUUGGUUCUCCCCACUUAUUUAGAGGCUAUACCAUACAUUAUAGAAAAUUGGCAGCCUUAUAUCAGCUUGCCAAAAACUUACAAUUAUUAUUAGGUAAUUGGAUUCUUUCUGAUUUCUUUUUGUUCUUGUAAGGAACUUUAAUCUCGUGUUUGUUUUGGGAAAACUAUUCACCAAUUUGUGUAUUAAGGAAUUUUCUUUAUUGAAAGGAAGAGCAGGGAAAAGUAGUAGAUAGUUUCCAAAUUGGAUCA